AAACACAAUUCUGUAUAGACGGUAUCGCCGUAGAAUCAUCAUUCAUUCUAUCGCAUCCGUCUUAGCCGUCUUAUGAUUCUUCUGUAAAAAGAAUCUCAGAGUUGAAUCGGCUGAUUACCCUUUACUCAACUCGCCUCUUCAACCAGUCUCUGUGACUCGGAGUGGUGAAGAGGAAGAUGUCCGAUCUAGACAGACAAAUAGAGCAGCUGAAGCGAUGCGAACCGCUUAAAGAGUCGGAUGUUAAGGCGCUUUGUCUUAAGGCUAUGGAAAUACUUGUUGAGGAGAGCAAUGUUCAGCGAGUUGAUGCUCCGGUUACUAUUUGCGGCGACAUCCAUGGACAGUUUUAUGACAUGAAAGAACUUUUCAAAGUUGGUGGCGACUGUCCCAAAACUAACUAUUUGUUCCUUGGAGAUUUUGUUGACAGAGGGUUUUACUCUGUUGAGACAUUCCUAUUACUGCUGGCUCUCAAGGUGAGAUAUCCAGAUAGGAUAACACUCAUUCGAGGAAACCACGAGAGUCGGCAGAUUACCCAGGUAUAUGGAUUCUACGAUGAAUGUCUCCGGAAGUAUGGAUCUGUCAAUGUUUGGAGAUACUGCACAGAUAUAUUUGAUUAUUUAAGUCUAUCGGCUAUCAUUGAAAACAAGGUUUUAUCAGUCCAUGGUGGUCUCUCUCCUUCCAUUUCUACAUUAGACCAGAUUCGCUCAAUUGAUCGGAAGCAAGAAGUACCCCAUGAUGGCGCAAUGUGUGACCUGCUGUGGUCAGAUCCAGAGGAUGCGGUUGAUGGAUGGGGUUUGAGUCCACGUGGUGCUGGGUUUCUUUUUGGUGGAAGUGUGGUGACUUCUUUUAAUCAUACGAAUAACAUCGACUAUAUUUGUCGUGCCCAUCAGUUGGUAAUGGAAGGCUACAAGUGGAUGUUCAAUAACCAGAUAGUUACUGUCUGGUCUGCUCCAAACUAUUGUUACAGGUGUGGUAAUGUGGCUGCAAUCCUCGAGUUGGAUGAGAAUCUUAACAAGAAGUUCCGCGUUUUCGAUGCAGCACCUCAGGAAUCAAGAGGAGCUCCGUUAAGGAAGCCAGCGCCAGAUUAUUUCCUAUGAGAUCAAUGAAUCCCUCUAUUCGUCUCCUAUAUAUUGCCUGAAUUGGGAUAUUUUUUGACAUGAUGAUUAUUAAGAUGCCCCGAGAGUAUAUACCGCCACUUCAGUAAUUGAUUCGUGGGUGGUGCCUCGAGUGUGAUUUUUUUAUCAUCUUCUAUCUCUUUGUAAUGAUUAGUGUGCAUUAUUAUAUCUUUCCCUGUUACAACUGACUGGUUAAUGUGAUAUAUAUGGACAAAGGUGGUCCUUGUCUAUUAAGUGGCCAAAGCAUGCGCAUCUAAAGUUGAAGUUCAUUUUGAUGUAUUUAAUGUUUGUUCACUUGA